AUAAAUAUACAUAAUAAAAUCGGGAUAGCUGAUCACUCUCAUACGAUCAGCGAGAGCCUGUGACUGAUUGUGAACGUUCUUCAUAGGUCACGCUUGUCAGAGAUAACAGCUGCCUCAAGACACAUUAUUACUGCGUUAAUAUUUACCAACCGAAUAUGGUGUUCUCACUUGUAAGCGCCUUAGCAAGGCGUCCCACGUCCACUGUUGUACGGGUGUUGCCAGUGGCCAGACACUAUUCCGAUAAGAUCACCACUCACUACCGCAUGAAUCCUAGGAAUAAAGACGAUCGGUGGACGGAUAUCGACAUGGAACGGUAUGCGGACGAGGCGGAUAUCCUGGUUGUCGGAGGAGGACCUGCAGGUUUGUCCGCUGCCAUACGAGUGAAGCAGAUGUGCCUAGAAAAAGAACAGGAUGUACGGGUUGUGGUCGUGGAGAAGGCCGUAGAGUUGGGCAUGCACACGUUAUCGGGUGCCGUACUAGAACCCACCGCUCUGAAUGAGCUGUUCCCUGAUUGGGAGGAGCUUGGAGCACCUCUGCACACACCUGUCAAGGAAGAUUUGAUGACAUUCUUGACCGAAAAGUCCAGUUUACACCUGCCCCACGAUAUUCUGCCUGGAUUCCCUAUACACAACCACGGCAACUAUAUUGUACGCCUGGGUAACUUUGUCAACUGGUUGGGCCAGCAGGCCGAGGAAUUGGGCGUAGAGAUAUAUUCCGGGACGGCCGCGGCAGAAGUCCUGUACCACGACGACGGCAGUGUUAAGGGUGUCGCCACCACUGAUAUGGGUAUUGCUAAGGACGGUAGCCCCAAGGACGCCUUUGAGCGAGGCAUGGAGUUGCACGCCAAGGUCACAUUAUUUGGCGAGGGUUGUCACGGUCACCUAGGUAAGGAGUUGUACGAGAACUUUAAUCUCAGGGAAAACUGUGCCAAUCAGUCAUACGGAAUUGGUAUCAAAGAAUUGUGGGAGAUUGACCCUGCGCUACACAAGCCUGGACGUGUCGAGCACACCAUUGGAUGGCCGAUGGAUAGGAAUACGUAUGGAGGCUCCUUCUUGUAUCACCUGGACGAAGGACCUCUUGUUGCUAUGGGAUUCGUCAUUGGACUGGAUUACUCCAACCCAUACUUGAGUCCGUUCCGUGAGUUCCAACGCUGGAAGACGCACCCACACAUCGCUAAGCAAUUGGUGGGCGGCACACGCAUCUCAUACGGAGCGCGUGCGCUGAAUGAGGGAGGAUACCAAGCGGUUCCUAAGGUCGUGUUCCCUGGAGGAGCUUUGAUUGGUUGUGAUGCUGGGUUCCUUAAUGUGGCCAAGAUCAAGGGCACACACACAGCUAUGAAGAGUGGUAUGAUUGCGGGAGAAGCAGCUUUUGAAGCCAUCGCCAACGGAACAGACUGCCACUUAGACUCUGGGGCCAUCCAGUUGGAUUCGUACGAAGAGCGUCUGCACAACUCAAGUAUUAUGGAGGAACUUAAGGCUGUGCGCAAUAUUCGUCCCGCUUUUAACACCGCAUUGGGUUUGUACGGAGGUGUGGCUUACACCGGUCUUAUCCACUACCUAUUCCGCGGCAAGGAGCCCUGGACAUUAAAGCACCACUCGGGCGGUGAUCACGCACAGCUCAAGCCCGCUGCCGAAUGCAAGCCCAUCGAAUACCCCAAGCCAGAUAACAAAAUCAGUUUCGAUCUACUGUCCAGUGUGGCUCUCAGUGGCACCAACCACGAUCACAACCAACCUGCUCAUCUUACUCUCAAGGAUGAUUCCGUGCCCGUAGAUGUCAAUCUUGCAGUUUACGAUGGACCUGAGCAGAGGUAUUGUCCUGCUGGCGUGUACGAAUUCAUUGAAACCGCUGAUGGAGGAAAGAAGCUUCAAAUCAACGCCCAGAAUUGCGUACACUGCAAAACAUGCGACAUCAAAGAUCCUUCACAGAAUAUCAAUUGGGUAGUGCCCGAGAGUGGUGGUGGCCCCGCGUACGGUGGAAUGUAAUUUUAAUCACCACAAGUUAAAUAGGAAUAUAAUGUAUUAAAGUGCAUACACAUGCAGAUGAUAUACCAAAGA